AUGGCGCAUCUGGACAGCCCGCAGACUACCAACACCUCUGCUAGUGAAUUGCAGACUCUUCAAUCCCUUCCCAAGUCGAAUGUCUUUACGUCGAACCUACCCGUCGAUCCGGCGUUCCCCACACCAAAAGACUCACACAAUGCGCCACUGGAGGCACUGGGACCGCGUAUGGUCAAAGGAGCGCUGUAUACAUAUGUACGACCUGAUCCGCAGGGAGAGCCCGAAUUGCUCGCUGUUAGUCAGCGAGCGCUACAAGACCUUGGCUUGAAAGAAGAGGAGGCCAAGACCGAGGAGUUCAAGGAACUUGUUGCGGGGAAGAAGAUCCUGACAUGGGAUGAAUCCAAACCAGAGCAAGGCAUCUACCCCUGGGCUCAAUGUUAUGGAGGUUAUCAGUUCGGGCAAUGGGCUGGCCAACUUGGCGACGGGCGCGCCAUAUCGCUGUUCGAAUCGACAAACCCUGCGACAGGCACCCGGUAUGAGGUACAGCUCAAAGGCGCGGGCAGGACCCCCUACUCUCGUUUUGCCGAUGGUCGCGCAGUUCUUCGCUCCUCAAUCCGAGAAUUUGUGGUAUCAGAAUAUCUAAACGCAAUCGGUAUUCCCAGUACCAGAGCCCUGGCCCUGACGCUCAACAAAGGCAGCAAAAUCAUGCGCGAGCGGAUGGAACCUGGAGCCAUUGUAACACGCUUUGCCCAAAGCUGGAUCCGUUUUGGAACCUUUGACCUGCAACGUAUCCGCGGAGACCGCAAAACCCUACGUACGGUCGUAGACUACACAGCCGAGCACGUCUACGGCGGAUGGGACAAGCUUCCAUCCAAACUCCCAGAUGGCGACGCUAAGGAAGUUCACGACCAAACCCACGAAGGCGUCGCCAAAGAAACCGUCGAAGGUGAGGCUGAGAACGAAGAAAACCGCUACGUUCGUCUUUACCGCGCCAUCCUCCGUCGCAACGCCUCAACCGUCGCAAAAUGGCAAGCCUACGGCUUCAUGAACGGCGUCCUAAACACUGACAACACAUCAAUCCUCGGUCUGUCUAUCGAUUUCGGCCCCUUUGCUUUCCUAGACACCUUCGACCCGACCUACACACCCAAUCACGACGACCACAUGCUGCGCUACAGCUACCGCAACCAACCUACAAUCAUAUGGUGGAAUCUGGUCCGUCUCGGCGAAGCUCUCGGCGAGCUCAUGGGCGCAGGCAGUAUCGUAGACAGCGACACAUUCGUCGAACAAGGCGUCACUGAAGCUCAAGCUGGUGAGGUAGUUGCCCGCGGCGAAUCCGCCAUCGACCGCGCAGGCGAAGAAUACAAGGCCGUCUUCCUAGCAGAGUACAAACGCCUAAUGACCCUGCGUCUCGGCUUGAAAACCUACAAAGAAUCGGAUUUCGAAGACUUGUUCUCCGAGUUGUUGGAUUGUCUGGAAAAGUACGAACUAGACUUCCACCAUGCGUUUAGGAGGCUAGGUAGUGUGACGCUUGCGGAUGUGGACACUGAGGAAAAGAGAAAGGACGCUGCAGGCAAGUUCUUCAGAGCAGAUAACGUACCGAGACAGGAGAGCGAGGAGAGGGCUAGGAUUGCAAGGUGGUUGGGUACAUGGGCAGAAAGGGUAAGGGAGGAUUGGGGGGAAGGCAAGCAUGAGGAGAGAAGGGCGGCUAUGGAUGCGGUCAAUCCAAAGUUUGUCCCUCGCUCCUGGGUCCUAGACGAACUCAUCGACCGCGUUGAGAAGAAGAACGAGAGAGACAUCCUACCGCGGAUUAUGAAGUUGAGUUUGAAUCCUUUCCAGGAACAUUGGGAUUGGGAUGGGGACGAAGAGGAGCGGUUCUGCGGCGACGUACCAAAGUACAAGGGUAUGAUGCAGUGUAGUUGCAGUUCCUAG